GCGCUGAAUUGCCAAACGUUCUAGAUCCGCAAACGUCAGUGGGAGCUGUCAAAGUAAAUGUCGCAGCUAAAAACAGCAAGAAGAUGAAAGCAUUUGUCACUUUGAAAUGAGCAACUUCCAAAAGAAAGAUGUAAGCGGUAUGCCUUCAUCAUCAAGACCACGAGGAAUGUCUGGGGCUGGAUCGGGUGGAUCUGGCCGACCAGCUGUUACGACGCCAAUGUCUGAACGUCAGCAGAUGGCACUGCUAAUGCAGAUGACCUCUGGUUCCAACGAUGCGGAAAUGAGCCCCGGAGGUGGAGGUAGCAACUCGGCUCACUCCCGAUCGCGGGAUCGUAUUAAUGAGCGAGGCGAAACGGCGCUUCAUAUAGCGUCCAAAAAGGGUGAUCAGGAUUCGGUUAAAAAGUUGCUCGAGCAGGGAGCCAAUCCAAACGUGACCGAUUUUGCGGGAUGGACACCCUUACACGAGGCCUGCAACCACGGCCAUUACAAUGUGGCAUUGGCUUUGGUGAAAGCGGGAGCAAACAUUAAUGCAACCGGGCUGGAAAACGAUACGCCGCUCCACGAUGCGGCCAUUACCGGGCAGCUGAAGCUGGUAAAGAUGCUUGUCGAGCGUGGGGCCGAUCCAUCGUUCAAAAAUCAGAAAGGCAAAACGCCAUGCGACGUUGCGGCUCCGGCUGUGUACAACUAUCUGACGCAGGCAAGAGCAUCCGUCUGGCAGACCACAAAUUGAUCCAGAUUUGCCAUCCGCUGCUGUAAAAGUGUGCUGUGGUGCCUACGCUGCUCUGUCUGCCAAUUUUAAAUGGCACCGUUUUGCGUCAUCUUUUUAGCCCACGUUUGGUCAACGAACUGUGUUAACUGGGUGCCUGCUUCGCUUAGGAAUUCCCCAGGGGGGUUUUUGGCUUGUUGAUUUACUAAUGGUCUACGUAGCGAUUUGUAUGGGUUGGGAAGAACUGGUUAGUGGUUCGCUUUUAAAAAGGAUUGUGUUAUAAACUUAUAUUAAUAACGCAUCUUUUUAUUGAUACAUUUUGCUAAUAUUCUCAUUUGGAAAAAGUCGUUUCAAAACUUUCAACACAACACAAACCCCAAUGUAGCUCUAGGGCUCUCUGGGUGCGCCCACUAUGGAACAUUUAUUCUGGAGAAAAUCAACCAUUUCCAUCAUGAUACAAGCGAUCCACGGAAGGUUGGUAAACCGCCUUAAUCGAGGUAAAACUGAAGGCACGUUCCCCACAAACGUGAGCCCGCCCGUAUCUGUGCAUCUAUCUGCUCAUCAAUAUUAAUCACUGCCCGCGCCAUCUUCAAUGAUUGUUGCCUAAUAAUCUAAAUAACCUACCCGUUUGCCCUCUCCGAUCGGUUAU